AACAACAGUAGAAUCAAGAAUGUUGUUGCUCGUGUUUUUUACAAAACAAUGAAUUGAAUUGAAUUAAUACGAUACAUCUAUUUGUAAAAUAUUUAAACAUGAAUUUUGCUAUUACAAACAAAGCCUUAAUUGUAGCGAUACUGCUCGUAGGCUAUCCUAUAAUAACUUCUCAAUUCGAUAUAGAUGAAGAAACAGAUCUACAAAAAGAUGAUGACUUUUCUACAGUGGAUGAAUCUGAAUCACUAUUGUCUAAUGUUGUAUCAGAUGUAAAUAAAACAUUAACAAAUUUCUAUAAUCAUGUAACUUCGGCUAAUGUAUCUGUAGAAAACAAAACACAAUCAUUGAAUGAAACUCGGAAACUAGUCAAAUGUAAGGAGAUAGUGUAUGACCAAAGUGAGUUAGUGGAGCCCUCUGUAGAAAUAAUUAAUGGAACUUCUCUUGCAAAACUACUGCAAGCUAAACCAGAUAUAGCCAGCCGUGAUAUUGAAGCCGAUUGUGUUUUAGUAUUGUUUCAUGCCAGAGCUUGUCCAUUCAGUGCUCAUGCAGCACCACAUUUCAAUGCACUAGCCAGAUCAUAUCCAAAUAUAAAAAUGGUAGCACUUGAUGCAUUAAAAUACCAUGGAAUUAAUGCACAAUAUGGAAUUGUGGGUGUGCCGACACUGAAAAUGUUCCACAAUGGUCGACCUGUCGGUAAAUUUAAUGGCACAGAGUACAAUAUCCACUUAUUUAGUAAAUUCGUCCAUGCUAUAACAGGACAAAACCCACAGGGUUUGCUAGUUACUUCGAAAGAUUUUCAAGGACCUGUAUCAAGCAUUGUUGAAAAAGAAACUGAUUAUUUUUUAAUUCUAUCAUGGUUUUUCAUUAUUGUGUGUUCCAUUUAUUACUUCAUGGAGUCAAAAUGGUGGAAAAUGAUUGUCGAAAUGAUUCAAAAUAAUUGGAGGGAGUCUGAAGCUCAGCAUGAACACAAUGACUGACUGAUUUUGUUUAUUUUGCAUUUGUAUAUAUAAAUAAAUUAUUGGUGUUAAGUUUAA